AUGUGGCUGAUCGUAUGUACCUCUAAUCGUGAAUACUCCGUAGUGAGUGAAGAAGACGUUCUGAGCGGAAAUGUCUCAUGUGGAUCCCGUGUUAAGGCAUUCAUAACAGACAUCGAGAAAGAGGUUACCGUCAUAUUCAUUGGUAAAAAUCGCUCACAAUGUGACCAGUACUGCCACAGAUUGUCAAGAUAUUGUGGACCAGCAGAUCCUGUCGAAAGUCAGAAAGCUUCUGGUGAUGAAGCUCGUAGUGGGUGCGGUCCUACGAUAGACGAGUCGCUGUUAGAGACCAGUGAGAUGAAGCACGAACCAGGCGUCGAAACCUGUGAAAAUGGUGAAGGAGCGCUUAAGAUAUCAGAUGUAGCUGCUGCUAGGAUCCUGGCGAACCAUGACGACGUGGCACCUUCAACUUCAUCUGAACCGGACAACAACAACUAUAACGAAGGUGCUAAUGUUGAAGUGCCGCAUUUCUUCUUCAUGGAGUUAUUACGAACGAUGAAGAAACUUCGAAGCGAAUGUGGUGCUAGAUUCAAUCGGCUUGACAAUCAACUUGAAGACAUGGUGAGUCGCAUGAGUGCUAUCGAGGAAUUCAUUCGAAGAGAUGCUGGUGCCCAUCAUUCAAUACCUUCGAGCACGAACAAUGGAAGUUCGCUGACAUCAACUCAGAUUGGCAAUAACGAUCUGGGCGUCAACAUGUUUUUCGAUUCGUCACCUAAUGAACAAACUUCAAAAUUACAAUAUCCGUAUCCGCACCUUAGUGAGGUAGACGUCGAUGCAAUCCAGCGAGAAGCAAAGUCUAUUACAUCUUUCGCAAGAAAGGUUGAUCGUAUUCUUUUUGCAAGCGACCCGGACAAAGAUAGUCCUAUUGAUGCACGCAAGGAUAAGGCUAAGGUAUGGUUCUGGUCAGGAAAGCAUCUAAAUGAGUCGGAACGAGUGCAUCUGCUGCAGCUCGUUGCAAAUCGAAGUCAUGAGGAGGCUGCGGCUGAGUUUAAUCGAUUGCAUCCAAAUCGAGAACCAAUUAGGCAGAGUAGUGUUACCAGACUAAUAGCGAAGUUCAAAGAAACAGGUUCGAUAAUGGACCGACCUCGCUGUGGAAGGCCAAGGAGAUCAACCGACGGUGUAAAUACAGCGGCUAUCGUUGCCAAGUUCCGUGAGAAUCCUGAGAAGUCUCUGAGACAAAUGGCUAACGAAACGGGAAUGUCAAGAAGUAGUAUCCACCGGAUUCUGCGAGCUUACAGAGAAAAGCUGUGA